ACACAACUUUAACUUGUUUCUGGAGAUGUAAAGGCUUCCUUUGUUCUAUGACACAGGGCUAUUCACGUAUGCUGGGGCUGUUAUUUAUAAUAUUAUGUCGAUAUGUUGAAGCAUCAUCUAUUUUAUGACACAUAAUUAAUCCAUUUUUUUUUCUUUUUCUUUUUAGAUUGAUGAGGAAAGCAUCAAGGACAUGACAGAAGAAGACUUGAAGGAAUUCUUACCAAAAUAUGGGGACAGGAUUGCCUUGCGGUCUUUAAUUGCUAAGCGAAGAAAACAUAAAGGAAACACAAAGAUGAGUCUCCUUGAAAAAUUAAAACACAAAUUAAAAAGAAACCAGACAGAAGAAGAGGCCGGACCAUCAUUGAGUACGUUGAGCGAAGGAUCUACUUCAUCUUAUUCAAAAAAUGCAUUGAAAAACCAACGGAUUAUUGAAUUUGGCCUUAUGGUUUUCGACGUCUCUUCACAUUUAUAUAAAUCAAUAAGAGCUAAAAAGGGAGGAGGAGUAAGAAAGACAAAGGUUUCAAAACAUAACUGCAAGGCUGAUCUGUUGCAAGCUGCAAAAGAAAUUUUUCUGAAUGGCCAGUUUGGUUAUGGGAAUCCGGAUGAAUUUGAGUGUGAUAUUAUGGACUACAAGCAAGUAUCCCUGGAGGAAAACAUCACGGUUGGUGAAAUUAUUGACAGCACAAAAUUGCAAAAGUUACGGUUUUAUUUAGCGCUUAGGAGAAAAACAGACAUAGCAUCAGACAGUGAUGACUCCCUUCCGGACAUCAGCAGAUAUCCGAAAAGAACCAGAGAUGGAUAUGUGGUAGAGAAAGACCAAGUUGUCAAGCAGGACUACUCUCCAAUACGCCAGCUUCCAGUUUCACAAUUGGAUGUGAAUGAGCAAACCUUUUGCACGAGCACUCCUGAUAACACUCAUCGUUCUAAUUUGUCACAAACAUCAAGUGACCAAUUAAACCUUGUGGAUGUAUUUCCGCUUUUCUACCAAGAUCCAGAGAUCUCGUUCGGUCCAACAGACAGACUAAAUAGUGCAGAUGAAACUCUUAAUCUUCAGCAUGACAUAGAUUUAUUACUUGAGGAAGAUAGCGCUGAACAUGUCAGCACUCUACAAAAUCAAGAAAAUGUGACACCUCCCUUAAGACCAGAAGCAGCCAUAGAAGAGCGCACCAUUCACAUCCGAAGAGGAAAUUGUAUGGCUGACCUCAUGGGCGCAUUCUCAGAAGAUAAAGCUUUACAACAAGUCAUCACAAUUGGUCGUACACUGGAAACAGGGGAAAAAGAAUUAGGAUCAGGUAAUGGGGUGGUAAUGGAUUGCCUCUGUGAAUUUUGGAGUGAUUUUUAUGAAAGAUGUACAACUGGCCUAGACGAAAAGGUACCUUUCCUUAGACACGACUUCACAGAGCAGGAAUGGAAAGCAUGUGCACGUAUUUACUUAUUCGGAUGGGCCCACUUCAAGUACAUUCCUGUACAGUUGUCAACACAGUUCAUCAAAGCAGCUUUAGGUCGUCCUUGCCAAAACCUAGUUGACUCUUUUCUGAAAUUUGCAAACCGGGAAGACAGCCAGGUGAUUCGCUCUGCUUUGGAAGAUUUUGCCAGUGUUGACCUUGACGACCUGCUAGAUGUACUGGGUAACCACAGUGUUAAGAAGAGAGUUAGUGCGGAUACUCUACAAACAAUCAUACGUGAAGUUGCCCACAAAGAGCUUAUACAAGAGCCAAUGUUUAUUAUUGACAACUGGAAAGAGGUGUUACAGUUCUCUGCUUUUGGACUGAUCAGUGACGCAGACUUGUCAUCACUUUAUGAGGAGUCAAUACCAACUGGAAGGAAGGUUUUGAAAAGACUAACAAUUAAUGCGAAAGACAAGAACGAGGAAGAUGUAGGCAACCACCUCAAAAGAUAUCUACGUGAAACAGAUUCUGCCACAUUAGGAUCCUUCUUGAGGUUUUGUACCGGAAGCGAUUUGCUCCUAGACUCAAACAAGAUAAUAACUGCUGAAUUUACAGAUAUGCCAGAGGUAUCUCGAACUCCGAUAGGAAGGACAUGUUCCCAAACUAUUCAACUGGCUAAUAGAUUUGAUAACUUUCCACAAUUCCGUGCUGAGAUGAACAGUGUGCUUCGAAGUAAUAUUUGGGUAUUUGACAUUGUAUAAAUAUUUGAAAAGCAGACUGGGCCUUGGUGUUCAUAUGCUGAAUUUUUCAAUAGCAAUACUGCCAAUAAAGAUGCCAAAAGUAUGUAGAAGCUGCAAAUGAAAAGAACAUUGUAGUUACAAUGUAU